CCUUCCUCGCUCGCCGCCGGAAUGCCGAAGCUCAGCAAGGAGGCCAAGCAGCGGCUGCAGCAGCUCUUCAAGGGCGGCCAGUUCGCCAUCCGCUGGGGCUUCAUCCCCGUCGUGCUCUACUUAGGAUUUAGGAGAGGUGCAGAUCCGGGAAUGCCUGAGCCAACCAUUCUGAGUCUCCUUUGGGGAUGAAAGCCAUAGCCGUCCACUCUUAGAAGCAGCUGGUGGGCAGAGGAGAUGGCUGAAGAUGUGUGUACAUUCCAGAGGAUGAGGUGGAUGCUGAACAUUACACCAGCUGGCUCAAGUAGCUUGCUAAAGGCAUAGAUUGUACAUACAGCAAAAUGGAGUUUAUAUGGACCUAACUUAUUUGCAUUACGGUGUAAUUAAAUAAACACAGUUUGAAUCAAUAU